CAGGCGUCGACUGAGCAAUCUGUGCGGAGGGCCGCUGCUCCGUGGCAGGUUUGAAAUCCAAAUAAGAGGAACAAUAUAAACCAGUUCCCUAAAUAAAAACAGGCGUUCCAUAUCCUCAUGAUGGCCGAUACUCAUCUGUCUCCAUGGAAUGGAACGAACAUCAAUAUGGCUUAUGAUUCAUCAGACUCCUUGAGUGACAAUUCUUUGUUUGACGACACUUUAUCUUCCAUGAACGAUGGCUAUCCAACAAAUUUAAUUUUUAUAGACAAUCCUGAAGACAUGUUAAAGCCAUGGAUUAUUAAUCCCAUGUUUUUUAACAUAAUUAUCACUCACUCUGUCACACUUCUUUUCGGUUUGGUUGGUAAUAUUAUCGUGGUGGUAGUGAUGGUGGGGGAUAGAAAGUCCCGCAGUGCUACCAACUUGUUCCUCGUGAGUCUUGCAGUGGCUGACCUCCUGCUGCUUCUAGUGCACGCGCCACUGGAAACAUUACAGUAUUUCGUGGUACAGUGGGACGAGAAUGCUGCUGUGUGCAAGAUGGCGAUGUAUGCGUUGCUACUGUCUGCUGUUGUGUCUGUCCUCAACCUUUCAGCUGUCACACUCGAGAGGUUCAUUGUGAUCGUGUUUCCGAUGAAAUCGCGGUCGCUGUGCACGAUCAGUAACUGCAGAAGGGCAAUCCUGCUCGUUUGGUUGUUGUCUCUACUUCUAACCACGCCCACCAUUCUCACGAAGGAUGGUCCGGUAUAUAACAUUCAAGUGACCGUAUUCGUCGUUCUGUUGUGUCUGCAGGAGACGUUCACCAUAGUUUACAGCAACAAUGUGACCAACGUGACUCUGCACUAUUGCAACGAGACCGAGCAGAGCGGCAAGUUCGCCAUCUACCAGUUCGUGGUGCUGUUCGCUGCUCCUGGCAUGCUCAUGAUAAUCUGCUACACUUACGUGAUCCGGGAACUAUGGCGUAGCACCAGGAACAUGCAGGCGCUUACGAACAGCGUUAGCAUGAAGAACUCCACACUACAUAAUGGUUCUGCUGAUGUUAGUUCAAAAGAGUUUCGUGUCAGCAACGGCACCACAACAUUCAGGUCUACCCACAUGAAUAGAGCCACGAAGAGGCAGAAUAAAGGAGAUGAUGCAAGAAAAGCACGGAAACAGGUGAUCAAAAUGCUGAUCCUUGUGGUAGUUCUAUUCCUGGUGUGCUGGGGCCUACGUAUUAUCAUGGAAGUCAUUAUAAAGUUCAAUCUGCAUUCAUUUACUCCCACAAUGUACACACUCCGUGUAACUUUCAACCUUUUACCUUUUAUUCACGCUUGCAUGAAUCCUUUCAUCUACUCCUUUAUGUCCAAAAAUUUCCGUCGCUCCUUGCAACGUCAACUAGAGAAAAUGGGGUGCAGGAAAAGAAUUCGAAGUGGCAGUAGCAGUAGGAAUGGUCAUGGAUCCUCCUCAAGGGGAAGCAGAAUCCAGUGUGGUAGUCCGACAGUAAAAGAGUUAAGACUGAAAUCUGGACGAACAUCGACUUCUUCCAGCACUACCAACUGUCUCACUGAUCUAAGCAAACAGACAGACACGGGACAAGCGUUGAUAACGCUACAUUCUGCCACCUCUGCUGUGUAAGUGCACAUAAUCAAACAUUUUUCACUUCCAUGAUAUUCUGUACUAAAACAGUCUACAAUUUUAAGAUUUAUAUAUGUGUAUGCUUACAUUUUUGAUAAUUUUAAUCACUAUUCUGUUGAGCUGCAGAAUAAUUCUCUCACUGUGAAGGAUGAAAAAUGAAAGGUAUGCAGGAACGACUGAGAGACAAACUAAAGAAAAUGACAAGGUGAGAGGCUUUAUGGUGUAAACUGUUAUAUAAUCUGCAUCAUUACGGUGAUUAAACACCCAGGUAUUGGUUAAAUAAUGGCAGAACCACAAAACCGCAUGGAAAGAGGCUAAGGCACACAUGUCUACAUAAUCAUGAUAAUAAUAAAAAUGUGUUAAGAUGUGAAAUGAACUAAAAUUAUUCAGGUCAGGACUUUUUUUUUGUAGUGACAGUGAUAAAUCUUCAGAUUUCAUGAACAGCUAGAAAACUGAGUGUUCAUGAAAUUGGAGAUUUAUAUAUCAACUGAUGAGGGAAAGAUAUAUAUUGCAGGUAUUUCAGCUCCUGAACAUGAAUGUGCAUCAGGCAAGUUCUAUUCUGUCAUGUCAGUGAUACGAAGAAGAACAAUCUCUUAGUAAUAAUCUUUAAUUACAUAAGCAUAUGAACAUUCACCUCAUGUGCAUAAUUCUAUGUCUCAUUAGAGCCAGAAGCCAAAUGUAAACACUGAUCAUGUUUUCAUACAGUUUUAAUGACUUAAGGAAAAACAACACUUCUCUGUAUAAAUAAUAAGUACUGUUUUGAAAACCAUGACUUCCAAGUACAAGUCAACUCAAAUUUGACACAUUAUUAGAACAGAUUUCUGUAGUACUGCAUGCCAUAAUAAAGGAGACAUACGAGAAACUAACCACAGCUCAUUAUUUGCUACCUUGUGCAAAUGCACAUUCGAUGCAAAAAAUUUGCAGAAGGGGAACUGUACAACUAAUAAAUAUAUAUGUGUUUCAAUUCAUACAGGACUCAGUACCCAAGAGGGGACUGAACAGUGCUUUCCAGUGAGUACAAUAGUACACUAACUGCAAAUUCACUCCCUGUGACCUCUGCAAAAAUACUAACUUCCAGCACUUUCUGUAAUUCCUUUCCCAGUCUGACCUACCACAUUUAACACACAAGUAAGAGAGGAAAAGCACUUACAUAAGCAAGGACUCACAGAAGUCACUAUCACUUUCUCACAUUCAAUUACAGUAUCUAUUCACUGAAGAUGUUCUCAUUAUGAAUGAAAUAAAUCUGGUGAAAUAUGUUCUACAGCUUCUGUAAAUCCUGGCCUCACUCAGUGCUCUUAUGUUUCUCACCUAUCCAAUAUAUAAAUAUAUCUUAUUAUGUUAGCAGAUAUUUUCUUUACAUAGCAAGUAGCUUCUCUGGGAUAUGCCAAUUCUGAACCAACUAUACUCCUAUAGUGCAUGAACUGUAUUUUUAUGAUGGAAAAACGGAGCACCAUGUCAGUACAGCUGCAAUUUCUCCAAUUUCCAAUCACUUCUCUCAACACACCUUCAAGACAACAGCACAAUAACCGAUUCAUUAUUGAGGAAACAGAUCUGUUUCACUUUGACAAAUAAGCCAAUGUCUAUUGCUACAUGUACAAUAACUUAAAAUAAAGAAUUAUUUUCAGAUUCUUAAUAUAAUACAAGUUAUAUGAUUAGAAUUGACCACCAACCCUUGCAGAAUGCUCUAUCCUACACCAAUUUCCUUUAUCAUGCAUCAGGACAUAAAAAAUACAUAUCAACACGUAAGUAUUUGAUCCCAUUUAAUGUGUCUUUAUAUUCUUUUAUUAAAAAUAUUUCUAUAGCAUCCUUCCUAAACAAAGAAAAAAUUUAAUACACAAAUAAUUACAUUACUCAGCAUGCAGUAAAUCACAUGACGGAAAAUCCUGUACCCCACGGAUUAAACAAAAUCAAAUUUCCUCAGCUGUUACAUAAUUAAACUUGCGCUCAUCUAUUUUAAUCUGUAGAUCAACUUAUAUCUACCACUUUCCUUCUGCAGUAAAUGUGGAGCUAUUCACUAAGCAUCUCUUGUGGAAAACCUGAUUCCAAGUAACACCAAUUGAUGGGAGGAUGGGUAAAAGAAUCAUUUAAGUAAAAGGUGCUAUGUGAACACGAUCUAUUCACAGAAAUUUCACUUAUAACACAACUGGCAGACAAUGUACUGAAUUCUAAAGAUGAAUGAGAAAAGUAUGGAUAAUAAUAAUUUAAGACCCUGUGGUACCGUAAAAAAGCUUAAGGCAGCAAUUUUAGAAAAAUACAUUUUGUAGCAGCACUCCAAAAAUAUCUAUGAAUGAUAAUUCAAAUUUAAAAAUUGUGUAAAUAUGACAAAGAAGAAGAGAUAAUUAUAUAAAACAAUUAUUUUAGAAGCUUACCGGCCACUCGAAAUUAUCAUUUCACUUAAACCAACAUUGCAAGUUUCACUUAAUUUAGAAAAAUGUUUCAAAUGAUACUGUGGAACUGGAAACAUAGGCUUUGUUUCUAAAUUCCCAUCCAUGACUGAAAAACACAUUCUCUGGCUCAGUUCAUAUAAAUUUACAGCUCAAAAUCAAAUUUAAAAAAGAAUUCAAGUUAAAUAAAAAAGUUAGGGUUUCAGGCUUUCCACAGUAGUACUCUGGCAGCCAUGGUAACAUUUCAAUGCCAGCAACUACCUCAGUUUAAUAUCACAUUUACCUAUUCUGAGUCCCCUUCCCACCCACCUGACAAAUUUCAACAUAAAAAUAUGUCAACACUAUUUGAAAUACAACACAAUACAUUGAAUGCCACAUGAAUGUGUCAAUGUUGAAAUGAGUUUCCACUUUUGUUCAAUAUAUAUAAUGUCUGAAUUACUGUGCACCAAACACUGCCUUUUAAGCAACCAGUAUGUAAAGUAACAUGGCAUUGGGUCCAAAAUAACAUAA